GUGCUGCACGUGCCCUUACUGCUUCUCUGGACAAAAAAAAACCGAUGCAGGUGCGUUAGCAAUUAAAAAGAAAUAAUAAGAACAGGACAGAAUACACGAGAUGUGGGCCGGUGCGUCCCGCAUCUCGCUCUACUGGCUCGACGACCACGAGUCCUACCUAGGAGAAGGGGAAUGCACGCGCCCUUCUACGAGUUGGCUCCCUUUUGGCGGCGAAACAACCGGCACGUUGAGUUUGGCCACUUCCCACAUCUUCUAUGACGACGGCAGCGACACCCUCGUCGUGUUUCCUCUGCGCUACAUCGAAAACGCCACCGUGCGGGAGUCGGGCGAUCAACUCGACCUUUCAUUUUCGUGCCGGCGCGCAGUGAAGCGUGCGGUGCUUCCUCGCACAGAUGGGCAACAGCCCGCCGCGCCUGGCGUCUCGGUGCCGUUUCCCAACGCCGAAUCGUGGCGGUUUCGCGCAUCGCGUGCAUCGGAGUGGUUUGUGGAGGCGCUGCGGCGUCUCGUAGAGCAUCAACGGAUGGAGGAGCUUUUGUCGCGCCGUGAAAUUGCACUGCAAGCUGCGCCGUCUUCUGUGAGCUUUCGCGCACGUCGUCAAGUGCCGAUGCGUGAACAACGCGGUGUGCUGCACAUCACGGCGGCGUGUGCUACCUUUGAGCCGCUCUUCGCCAUGGCGUCUCACGGCGCCGUCUCGCUGGCAAGGAGUGAGUGCGUUCACAGCUUUCCUCGCUGGAUCGCGUUUGAGGCGGUGGGCCUGGACAUUUACACGUCGGAGGCCCUCGACCACGCCCCGGCGCUGUCCCUCCUAUUCAACAACGUGCAGGAGAGGGACCAGGCGAGGGAGCUGCUGCUUCACCUCCUCGGCGUGCCGCCGUACUCCAUCUCCCCACACGCCAAGGCCGAGGCCUGGAAGAGGAGAGAGCUGUCCAAUUACGACUACCUGCUGCUUUUAAACAAGUGGGCGUCUCGCUGCUUCAACGAUGUCUUUCAAUACCCUAUUUUUCCGUGGGUGCUCGCGGACUACACGUCUGCCCAGCUCGACAUUUCCGCACCGGCAACUUUUCGUGAUUUACGCAAGCCCAUCGGCGCUCUCUCGCCCGAUCGUCUGGAGAUGCUGCGGGAGCGGGCCCAGUUUUUAGGUGAGGCGGAGGAGCGCACCUACCUGUACUCUACCCACUAUUCCUCCGCUGGCGUGGUCGCCUAUUACCUCGUGCGGCCGCACCCCGAGUUUCAGCUGUGCCUGCAGGGGGGCAUUCUGGAUGUGGCGGAGCGCAUUAUGGAGUCCGUCCCUCAGGUGUGGCGCAGUGUGACUACCAACACCAGCAACUUCCGCGAGCUCAUCCCUGAGUUCUUUAACGGCGACUUCCACGCGCUCUGCGGGCCGCCGCGGAUUGCGCUCGGCUCUCACGGCAACGGCAGACCCGUGCGCCCGUUUGUGGAGCUGCCCCCGUGGGCCGCAGACGCACACGAGUUCGUGCAGCUCCACCGUGCAGCGCUCGAGAGCGACGACGUCUCCCACCACCUGCACCACUGGAUAGAUUUGAUUUUCGGUGCUGCGCAGAGCGGCGAGCUGGCGCGGGCGGCAGACAACCUCUUUCACCCGUUUUCCUAUCGACAGCUCGCACGUAAACAGGUGAGUGUGCCGGGGCUGCAUCUCUCGCCGCACGACUACGCAAGGGAAUUCGGCAAUGUGCCCAUGCAACUCUUCAGCGAUGUCCACCCCUCCCGCAACGACCGUGAGCACAGCGUGUUGUGCACCGUUGAGGCAGUCGAGGCCUGCGGUGGAUGCGACGCGAGCACCUCGCCAAAUGACCAACGCAUUGCCCAAAUGAUUGAGACGCUGCGGGCGAUGGACGAGGAGACGGAAGAGCCGCCUCUUUGCGCCGAUCUGAGUAGGAUCGAGGGUAGCCACUUUUCUUCGGAGUCUGCGUCGCUGGUAGAGGUGGCGACUGCCACGCUCGCGUCCACCGGUGCGCGUUUUGCGACGCUGGGUUUUGCCAAUCGCACCUCGCAGGAUGCCGCGAUGUCUGCCGGCGCCGUUCUGCUGGUUGUGGGAGACGAUGGACGUGUUGUGACGCUCUUCAGCGCCGUGUCGGGCGAGCGGCUGCGCGCCUUCCCCGACUUUGACGGUCGAACCACCUCCACCGCCUAUCAUGCAGGCAGCGUGUUUGUGUUCACCGACAACAGGACAUGCUAUGUCAUCUCGCUCCACUCGCAUGCCGUCACGCAUUGCUUCCUGGAGCUGACGAGUGCUCCCGUCGUGCACGCCUGUUUUCUUCCUCAUGCAGUAUUACUGGCGGACACAGAGGCACAGGUCAUGUGGUGGGCGGCGCAGCGGGACGACACGGCGCAUCUGACUUUCGACGCUCCUCCGUCUUCGACGUGUGAGGCGUCGUCGCGAAUUCUCUGCCUCGGCGGUGCGGCGCGUAUCUCAGCUGCUGUUGCGGUCAGCACGCACCUUGAAGCGUUUCUUUUCCACGAUAGUGCGUGCGAAGAGUGUACGCUCCGCACAAUGCCCGACGAACGGGAGAUCCUGAAUGCUGCAGCCGCCGAUCAGGCGCCGUAUUUUUGGGUGUUCUUCCGUGCUGAAGCUGUGCUGUACGACAACGGAGGAUUGUGGCUGCGUCGCGUUCCGUUCCCGGCCGCCUCUGCGGUGAUUUGUGUGUGUUUGGAGCAGCAGCUUUGCCCGCUCUGCCUGUACACUUCAAGUUUGCCGGUGCGCGUACGCUUACUGCAACACGCACGCGAAAACGUGGUGCAGCUGCGUUGUUGCACAUCGGUGCCUCUGUGCGUUUCGUACGCAGAUGCAGCUCUGGUACUUGUCAGCCGCACUGACGGAGGGGCAGCGUCAUCGCUUGUCCUGACCUUAGCGGAGCUGAGGCUUGCGAAGACGGAAUAG